UCUCAGCUGAUUUUCUAUGCCAAUUAAUAACAUUAGUUCAAUUCGUUUGUUCGUUCCGAAAUUUCUGUGAAUAAUUGUGGAAUAAGUGGUUAUUAUCCAUGCUUGCAUAAUGUUUGGCAAUCUCAAAAAGAAACUAAGCAAUGUUAUCCAAGAGGGAAUUGUAAUAUCGGAGAGUUUGCAGCAACAAUAUCGGCAACGUGUCAGCAGCAGUUCCGGAGCAAGUGGCGCAGGAACACCAACAUCCCCAACAACACCCACCACCACACCCUUGGGCUACAAUGACAGUCUAUCCGCGUCCAGUCGAAGGAGUAGUUCUUUAUCCCUGAGUGGGCAAUUUCAAUUAGCUGAUGGAGUGCCCACAAACCUGAAUGUGGCUGCGGGAUGCAAUCUUCUGGCCAAAUAUGAAGACGAUUGGCAGCAAAUACAUGUGGCCAAUGAGGAGAAUGCUGGGCGUGCUGCUCAAGUGGCCAAACAAAUAUCCGCUGUUCAAGAUCGUGCCAGCGGGCAGAGGAAAGUAAUCAAUGAACUUAACCAUUGCCUAUCGGGAAUACCCUCGCUGAUAGUCAAACUUCAGGCCAGCGCAAAGACAUUAGAAUCACUGGAACAAAUGGGCGAACUGCUGGAAUUGGAACUUGAAAAGCUGGAGGAUCUCUGCGAGGAGUGUGAACUGCAGGAGCUGAUGCUGGAAAAACAGUUUGAGCUCUCUCGACAUAAACAAAAGAAACUCAACGAAUUGGAGCAAUAUAGACAACAGAUAGCAGCUCAACAUCAGGCCAAGAUUCAGGAUCAUGAACAAAGAUUAAGGCAAUUGCAGAAAGAACGACAGGCUGUCUUUGAUGAUGCCUUUCGUUGUGAUAUGGAGGAGUUCAAGCAGAAGGGACAAUUGACCAAACUUCAACCUGCGCCAAAAGACAUCAAUAAAUUGGCUUUGGAGGAAGUGAUCCUUGAGCCCAACGAAGUGGAGGCUAAGGAUGCAUUGGAACAGUUUCUAAAUGGCUGAUAUUUUUUAUAUUUAUAUAUUUAUUCGAAAUGGAACCGUUAUGUGCCUUUAAGUGCAAUUAUGUGAACAAUUUAUGUAUAUAUGUAGAUAAUUUGUGCAUAAAUGAAUUUAUCCUUUUGCAUAUCAACUUUUUGAACAAUUAACGACAAUAAUUAUAAUUUUUUAUUUAAACAAUGGUAAAUAUAAAUUACUAACUGAUCCCCCACGACAUUCCUUCUAUGAAAUGUAAUAUAAACAA